UCUCUUCAUAAACUCGGCGAAGAAAGCGACAAUCUGAGCUCCACAGCCACAUUAACUGAAGACAAAACCGUCGCCAAUUUGGUAAUCAGGCCAAGGGCAGUGGCCACCGGUCAACGUGUGGUGUUUAACGUGAGCGGCCUGCGCUACGAGACACAGAUUCACACGGUAAGCCAGUUUCCCAACACCCUGUUGGGCAACCCGCAGAAGCGUAACCGUUACUACGACCCACUGAGAGACGAGUACUUUUUUGACAGAAAUCGGCCCAGCUUUGAUGGGAUCCUGUACUUCUACCAGAGUGGCGGUCGCCUUCGAAGGCCCGUAAAUGUACCAAUCGACAUUUUCACGGAAGAAAUAAAAUUCUACGAACUGGGGGAGGAGGUACUGGAGAAAUACCGGGAAGAAGAGGGCUUCAUCAAAGAAGAUACCAAAGUUUUGCCUCUAAACGAAUUUCAAAAGCGAGUCUGGCUGCUCUUUGAGUAUCCAGAAAGCUCGAUGCCAGCUCGAUUUGUGGCCAUCACAUCAGUCGUAAUAAUUCUUCUGUCAAUAAUUAUAUUCUGUGUCGAAACCCUGCCAAACUUCAGACAUUACAAAGUUGUCAAUUCAACAGAUCCCUUGAGUGGUGUGCCAAACAUGCCGACAAUAGAGGAAGACGAUAUACCUACACUGGACCAACCUUUCUUUAUUAUUGAGACCAUCUGCAUCAUUUGGUUCACCUUUGAAUUGCUGGUGAGGUUCGCUUCAUCGCCAGGGAAGGUGGCGUUCUUCAAGGAGAUCAUGAAUGUGAUUGAUAUCGUCUCAAUUAUACCCUACUUCAUCACUUUGGGCACCGCCAUUGUAGACGAUCCAAGAAGCCAAAAUCAGGCCACCUCUCUGGCUAUAUUGCGUGUGAUUCGGCUAGUCCGGGUUUUUAGGAUUUUCAAAUUGUCUCGACACUCAAAAGGCCUCCAAAUUCUUGGCCAGACAUUGAGGGCCAGUGUCCGCGAAUUGGGCCUCUUGGUCUUUUUUCUGCUAAUCAGUGUGAUCCUCUUUUCAUCGGCCGUAUACUUUGCAGAAGCAGACGCAAAUAAUACUUUUUUUAAGAGUAUACCGGAUGGAUUCUGGUGGGCUGUAGUCACCAUGACCACAGUGGGCUAUGGUGACAUGAGGCCAGUCACGGUUUGGGGCAAAUUAGUCGGUUCAUUGUGUGCAAUUGCAGGAGUGCUUACUAUCGCUCUGCCUGUGCCUGUAAUUGUGUCAAACUUUAAUUACUUCUAUCAUCAUGAAACGGAGACGGAGGAGAAGAUACACCCUCUGCUGAGUGGCAGUGUCGUUGCCAGCGAUCUUGAGUAUGGCUCCGAACACAGUUUGGAUACAAGCCGUGAGGGAUGUAUGGACGAUGAUGAAAACGGCGAUAAUGACGCUGGCGAUGACGACGAUGAAGAGGUGGAAGAUGAAGAGGACAUUGAUCUUGUCGGGCAUUCAAAGCAGGAUGAUGAUGAUGAUGAUGAUGAUGAUGAUGAUGAUGAUGAUGGGGAGGAGGAGGAGGAUGAAGAGGAGGUGCAGAAAGAGGGGAAGUAG